AUGAUUCCUCAAUGUGUUCGAGUUGUUUUUCCUUCGAACAAAAAUAUUCAGGUUCUUCUUCCAUCACAGCAAUCAGUAUUUCAAUGUCCACGACCCUCCACAUUGGAACAAAUUCGUAUCGUUAAUCCAACUGCUUUUGUAUCUCAAUCAACUUCUAAUUCAUCUACAUCACAAUCUCAUGUUAUACCAAGUUCAUUGCCUGCUUCAUUGAUUUCAAAAGAGCAGGCAACACAAAAUACAUCUUUAUUUGUAACAAGAACAUCCUCGUGUGAAAUGCCAUCUUUAUUAUCUCAAACAACUAGUGAUGUUGCACCACAAGAAAAUAUAUUAGGAACAAACUCGACAUCAGAUACAGGUAAAGAAAACAUCUGUCUUAAAGAAAAAA